AUGCCUACCGUUCCGGACGAACGAGUACUCCCUCCUCUUGGCAUGACUGGCGAGCAAUUUGAGGAAGCCGCUCUGUCAACCGCAAAAGGUAUCGAAGAAUACUUCGCUUCCUUGCCCUCUAGGAACACUUUGCCAUCUGUAGCCCCUGGAUAUCUUCGAAAGCUCCUACCAGAAUCAGCACCAAACCAAGGCGAAGCAUGGACCGAGAUAGAAAAGGACAUCGAGCGAGCCAUCAUGCCUGGCAUCACGCACUGGCAAUCCCCGAAAUACGCCGCCUUCUUCCCAGCGAGCACGACCUACCCAAGCAUGUUGGGCGAGUUCUGGAGUGCGGCAUUGUCUUCUCCAGCAUUCAAUUGGAUAUGCUCGCCUGUCAUCACGGAGUUGGAGACGGUAGUCAUGGACUGGUUUGCGAACAUCCUCGCCUUGCCCGAAACAUUCCUGUCAAAGACCGAAGGAGGCGGCGUGCUCCAACUCUCCGCCAGCGACACCAUCGUCACCGUGAUGGUCGCCGCCCGCGAACGCUAUAUCCGCCGGCAACUCGAGCGCGAAGGCGUCACCGACCCCGAAGAAAUCGAGGACCGAUCCUGCGAGAUCCGCUCCAAACUCGUCGCCUUGGGCUCCGAACAAUCCCACUCCAGCACCAAGAAAGCAGCCAUCAUCGCCGGCACCCGCUGUCGCACAAUCCCCACCCACCAAAGCGACGACUACGCACUAACCGGGCCCGCUCUCCGCGCAAAAAUCGAAGAACUCCACGCCAAAGGCUUACAACCCUACUACCUCACCGUCACCCUCGGCACGACCAACACCUGCGCCAUCGACGCCUUCGACUCCCUCGCCGCCGUCGCAAAAGACUACCCGGACAUCUGGAUCCAUUGCGACGCCGCCUACGCCGGCAGCGCGCUCAUCCUCCCCGAAUACCAGCACUUCUCCGCACAGAUGGCGUUCGUGGACUCGUUCAACAUGAACAUGCAUAAAUGGCUCAUGGUCAACUUCGACGCCUCGUUGCUCUACGUGCAGAAACGGCGUGAUCUGACGGACACCCUCAGCAUCACACCAGCCUACCUGCGCAACCAGUUCUCGGAUAGCGGGUUAGUGACGGAUUACCGCGACUGGCAGAUCCCGCUCGGCCGCCGCUUCAGGUCGCUGAAAGUGUGGUUCGUGAUCCGGACGUUUGGCGUGCAAGGGCUGCGGGCGCAGAUACGACAUAGUAUCGCCCUUGGGGAUUUCUUCGCCGACCUCGUACGGUCAAGGAGCGAUUUAUUCACCAUCGUGGCGCCGCCGCGGUUCGCGCUGACGGUCUUUACUGUUAAUCCGAGGAGGAAGGAGCCGGAGAAACUGGAGGAUAAUACGGGAAAUGGGACGGAUCCGCGGCCGUAUCAGGAUAGUCAGGUGUCUGUGAAGCCGGCGGCGGAUAGUAAGGAGGUGGAGGAAGCGAAUGAGGUUACGAAAGCGGUGUACGAGACUAUCGAUCAGGAGAAGGAGUUUUUCCUCACCUCGACUGUGCUGAGCGGCGUGUAUGCUAUCAGAGUGGUGUCCGCUAAUCCGCUGGCUGAGGAGAAGUACGUGCGGCAGAUCUUCGAUACGCUUGUGCGGACGGCGAAGAAGGUGUUGAAGAGUAGAGACGGGAAGCAAGCGAAUGGCGCAAGCCACUAG